CAAACCCUUCCCCCUUUUCUCUACUCCCCACCCCGAGUCAGGCUCCGCUCUCGGUGCCUGUGAAUGUGCAUGAUCUCCUCGGAAUUAUAACCCCUUAUCCCUGCUCCUGUUUCCGAGGAAUUCUCCCUCUUCUGGUGAAACGAAACCGAACACAGCAACCACCACCCCGUUUUCGGUUCGGACAUGAUCCCGGUGAUCCGGAGAUGAGGCUCCGAAAUGGCACCUUCCUAACUGUCAUCUUGUUCGGUCUAUGCGGCUUCAUCUCGCUUUCUUGGUACACCGCAUUCAGUAAUCCAAAAGGUGAUGUGGUGGACGUCUACCAGCGGGAGUUCUUGGCACUGAGGGACCGGCUUCACUCGGCUGAACAGGAGAACCUGAAGCGAUCGAAGGAGCUUAACCUGGUGCUAGACGAGAUCAAGAGAGCCAUUGCUGAGAAACAGGCACUAAGGGACAUUAAUCGCACCUGGAGCAGCUUGUCAGACGAAACCAAACUGAAGCUGUGGAAUGUCACCAGUAAGAAUGUGCUGCAGCUGCCCAGCAUCUUCCACCACCUCCCACACCUGCUGGCCAAAGAGAACAGCCUGCAGCCUGCCGUGCACGUGGGUCAGGGGAGGACCGGGGUCUCGAUAGUCAUGGGGAUUCCCAGUGUGAAGAGGGAAGUGCACUCUUACCUCACAGACACCCUCAACUCUCUGAUGUCUGAGCUGAGCUCUGCCGAGAGAGAGGACUGCGUGAUCGUGGUGUUCAUCGCUGAGGCAGAUCAACAGUAUGCCAACAGCGUGGCUGAAAACCUCAAACGCCUAUUCCCCACUGAGAUCCAAUCGGGCCUCCUAGAAAUCAUCUCUCCGUCCAUCAACUUCUAUCCGGACUUCUCCAAGCUGAAGGAAUCUUUUGGGGAUCCCAAAGAAAGAGUCAGGUGGCGGACAAAGCAGAAUUUGGAUUACUGUUUUCUGAUGAUGUAUGCUCAGUCUAAAGGAACAUACUAUGUUCAGCUAGAAGAUGACAUCGUUGCCCGGCCCAACUACUUCACCACCAUGAAAAACUUUGCCCUCCAGCAACCCUCUGAGGAGUGGAUGAUCUUAGAAUUCUCCCAGCUUGGCUUCAUAGGCAAGAUGUUCAAAUCCCUGGACCUUUCCCUGAUCGUGGAGUUCAUGCUGAUGUUCUACAAGGACAAGCCCAUCGACUGGCUGCUUGACCAUAUCCUGUGGGUGAAAGUGUGCAACCCAGAGAAAGAUGCAAAACACUGCGACAGACAGAAGGCUAACCUGCGGAUUCGCUUCAAGCCGUCUCUCUUCCAGCAUGUGGGAACUCACUCUUCACUCGCUGGGAAGAUCCAGAAGCUGAAGGACAAAGACUUUGGGAAGCAAACUCUUCACAAAGGUCAUGCCAACCCCCCUGCUGAGGUGACCACCAGUCUCAAGACCUACCAGCACUUCACUCUGGAGAAGGCCUACCUGGGAGAGGACUUCUUCUGGGCAUUCACCCCUGUGGCCGGAGACUUCAUCCGCAUUCGUUUCUUCACGCCAGUGCGCAUCGAGAAGUACUUCUUCCGCAGUGGAAACAUAGAACACCCAGGGGACAAGCUCUUCAACACCACUAUAGAGGUUCUGCCAUUUGAUAAUGUACAAUCUGAGAAAGAGGCUCUGAAAGAUGGAAGGGAGAAAACACCUAAGUACCACAGAACUGAAGAUGGUUUUAUCAGAAUUGGGACUUUCUUGAAUGGAAUUGCUGAGGGUGAGGUGGACGCCUCCUUUGGGCCUCUGGAGGCCAUCCGUCUGUCUGUACUGACCGACUCCCCAGUCUGGGUUAUCCUUAGUGAGAUAUUCAUUAAGAAAGCUGAGUGACACCAGCCAAAUACCUCUAGAGUUCACAGACCCUUCCAUGGAGGAUGGGAGUCUUUGCAGCUAGUCAAUUGAAAUCUUCAGUAACUAGUAUCUCUAGUGUGGUGUGAGUACUCCCCCUGCUGGCCAGAAGGUGGCUAGCAGGAUGAGCUGGUACUGCCAGCUAAAUAUGUGAGGACCUGCCAGACUUGUAAAACAAAGACACAAGGAAGAAGAAGCUGUAUUUUAUAAGCUGUAAUUAUGUGUAUAUAGGUUUAUGUUCUGAAUAAUUGUAUUUACACUGGUGAUAUGGAUGGGCUUGCUGGAUUGCUUGCCCAAUAAAAAAGUAAAAUGCUGCUUCAGAAUGGAAGACUUUACACAGUGUAACCCAGGUUACCCACUGACUAAAAAUUGAUUGCAUUGCCUUUAAAAAUGAAACCUUUAACUGUUAAAUUAUGUAAGAUUAUAUAAAAAAGUGCUGUUGUUUUUUUUGCCAAAAU